AUGCGUUAUCCUUUUCUAUUUGCAGUUGCCGCAGCAUAUGCACAAGCGGCCACUUUCAAGGUGGUUGCUCCCGGUGCCAAAAAUUCAGUUCAAGUAGUCAUUGAUGGUGCACGUACAAAUCUUCAUGCCAAUGAUACCGAUGUGCCUUAUUUCGUAGGCGAUGCAUCAUGCGAUGCACCAUGCAGCUACAAGUAUGCUGUGGAUGGUGUGGAGGAAGAUUUCCAUAGGAAGCUCGAAGGCGCAACCACAAGAAACGAUGUCUAUUCACGCCCUGUGACCUACGCAGAUUUACCUGAUUUACCCCACCCGAUCAAGAAAGACCCCCAAUGGACACGAGGUGGGCCCAAGGGUGAUAUUUGGGAUGACCAUUAUAUCCCCAGCAUCUUCAUCACUGGCAACCCAGGACAAAUGCAGGACUUGGUCAAGAAUGUAGUGGACGAAAAAUUUGAUGUCAAGUUUACCAUUAUUGGCCCAGAUGAUGUUCAUUCUUUUACGCAUUGUAACUUUGGAUUGCAUGGUGCGGGCAAAAGCAAGAACAAUGCCAAGCAGAGUUGGGAAUGGUCACUUCCUGAGGGACAAUACCUUGACAACCGUAACUGGUUUAAGAUCAGACAUAUGGAAGAAGACCCUACACAGAUGCGAGAGAAGCUCUAUGCUGAUGUGCUCGAUGCUAUGGGUGCUCAUGGUAACCGAGCCAAUAUGGUCCGACUCUUCAUCAAUGGUCAAGGAUUUGGCACAUUCAACAUGCUCGAUGACGUGAUCGAAUAUAGCUAUAUACGUGCUGUAUUCUAUAAUGGCAAACCACCAAAAGAAAUGGGACCUCUUUAUGAUGGUAUGACAGGUGCUGAUUUCCGUUAUACAUCCGACUCAGAGCACUAUGAGGCGUGGGCACCCAACGAUGAUAGUCCUGAGGAUGAAAUGGCUUUGCAGGAUCUUGCCAGAGCAUUUAGCAAGAUUGAUAUGGACGAUGAUCGCCAAUUACAGCACUUUGAAAAUACCACCUUCAACGUGGAUCAAUUUUUACGCUUUAUGGUGGUUGAAUAUCUUGCCGCUGAUUGGGAUGGAUAUUGGAUGGAGCAAACAAAUGAUGGAGCCUAUCAAGAUCCAGCUGAGAAUGGUCGAUGGUAUUAUCUUGGACAAGAUUAUGAUGCAACUUUUGGUGUCAAUCUCGUUGAACCAGAAGGCCGUGAAUUUGUCAAUGUCUCAUACAAGGAAUUCCCUGAGAGGUAUCCAGAUGCAGUGAUGAUCAAUCGUUUACUCGAAAACAAAAGCAUCAGAAAGCGAUUUGAAACGUAUCUCAAAGACACCGUCCGCAUUCUUUUCAACGACCAAGUCCUUGGUAACCGUGUGCUCGCUUACCGUGAAUACAUUGAACCCGAUUUAAAAUGGGAUCGCAGUAUUCGACAACAAUCACCAGGUAUCAACUUUGGAUGGACAUUUGAACAAACCAAAGAAAACUUGUACAAAAAAGUGAAAUCACCCAAUGAUAAUGGAGGUGGAGCCGAUUGGGGUUUAUUGGAAUGGAUCAGUGCCAGGUCAAAGGCAGUGGCUAAUGAAUUCAAUCUCAAGAUCAUGAGUCAAGAAGAAGCUAUGGCCAAUGAUGCUCUCCAAAAGCAGUAG